CAUUCCGGUUACUGCAUGCUUUCAUUCAUACACAAAUAUUGGGUUUAUCAUAUGUAUAAAUACCGCGAUGCUGCGAACCGUUUUCAUUCAUUUUAUGAAACCAUAACAAGCUCAAAGAAACCGAACAACGAAGACGAAGAGGCCGGAGAAUCUGAAGCCAUAGCCAGAGACAGCUGGAGAAGAGAGAAUCUAUAGCAUAAAUAAAGAAGCAGUCGAUCAUCGAGCUUAAUUUGUGACCAUGGCGGAUGAGUACAAUACAAGUGGGAACUGGUGGGAUUCAUCAAGAAGCAGGUUCGAAAGCGGGACAUCUUCUUCUUCGGGACUCAAUAAUCUAGGGAGCUUUGGAUGGCCACCUGAUAUGGCGGAAAUCAAAGGAAGGAGUACUGCAAUGGAUUCUAUGUCGGUCUCCGGCAGUUCAGUGGUUUUCCAGGACACCCAGAAGCUGCAAGGACAUGAUUCAGUUGGUGGCGGUGAUCCCAACUUGCAUAUGAUGGGUUUAGGCCUCUCAACUCAAGCCAUGGAUUGGAACCAAGCUUUACUUCGUACUGGUGAAAAGGCUGAAAGCGGUUUCCGUUCGAUGCUUCAAGAAAACUUGAACUCAAGCAACAACUUUCAGCAAGAAACUGGGAUGGGAUCUUCUCAGGUUCAAUGGAGGGAAAGAUUGUUUUCUGGAAUGAGUGGAAGCGAGUCCUCCGCGAACGAGUUCAAGCAACUUAAUCGUGGUUUUUCUUUAGAUCAACCCCCAUUUAGCCCUCAAUACAGUUCCGGGGAUAGUAGUACUGUCACAUGCCAGGGCUUGCCUACGAGUUUCCAGAUGGAUUCAGCUCUGUAUGGAAGCCCUUCAACUAUACUGCAAGGGCUAUUGGGACCGGAUAAUCAGCCUCAUCAAGUACAGCCAAAUUCACUUGAAAAUAGGCCGAUGAAUUUUCCAUAUCCGGCCAACUAUGGCGUGAAUUCUACUGAUCAAUUAUUGCCUGCUUCUUGGUCGCCUAAGCUUCCUCAGUUUUUGAGAACUUCACCCCCAAAACAGCCACCCCAUAGCCAAUUGCAUUUCUCCAACAACGCCCCGUUUUGGAAUGCGUCUGAAGCGGCCAUGAAGGAUGUUCGGCCGGGCUUUUUCCCCUCGCUGCAACCGCAGUUUCCCCCACCAAACUUUGAUGAAAAACCAAAGCAGAUCAAUAUAUCCGAAGUUCGGGAGUCAGCCACGGUGGGGAAGAAAAGUGGCAGCGAAGCUACAUCUAAAAGGCCUCGGAAUGAAACGCCGUCGCCUUUACCUGCUUUUAAGGUGAGGAAAGAGAAGAUGGGGGACAGAAUCACUGCACUCCAACAAUUGGUAUCGCCUUUCGGAAAGACUGAUACAGCCUCAGUGCUUUCUGAAGCCAUUGAAUACAUCAAGUUCCUCCAUGAACAAGUUACUGCCUUAAGCACACCUUACAUGAAAAAUGGAGCUCCGGCCUGCAUGCAGCACCAGCAGAUCAAUUCUGACAAAUCUAAGGUGGAUCCUGAUCAAGGACCAAAACAAGAUCUUAGAAGCCGAGGACUAUGUUUGGUACCGGUAUCAAGUACAUUCCCUGUAACUCACGAGACCACAGUCGAUUUCUGGACGCCAACAUUCGGAGGAACUUUCAGAUAGAGCAAAGAGAAAUGGUGCCAACCUAUUCACUCAUGAUCUGUAGCUUAACUCAUAGUUUAUAAAUAUCUAAUCAAAACCCUAGCUAUAUAUAUAUAUAUAUAUAUAUAUAUAGCCAGGUUGAUAAGAUCAAAUUAGAUAAAGAGCAGAUCGAAGACAAAGAAAGCCCACAUUAUUGUACGAACUAAUAAUUUGUGUUGGCUUUGAAUUUCGGGAAAAAAACAAUGGCGAAAGAUCAGAAAGAAAAGGAAACAACUCUUCAAAGGACGCGCCAUUGUUAGGCCAGCUACAGGCUAAAUGAUGCAGGUGUGGCCAAUAUUAAUUGGGACCACUGGAAUUAAUUAGCAUUCUAAUUCAUGUUUGUAAUAAUUGAAGAAUUAUGAUUAGGUCGUGGUUUAGGAAUUAAUAAGAUCAUCAUCAUCAAUUUAUAAUGCUAGCUGCUGAGUUUAGGGAAA